CAGAAAGAACAGUAAAAAUGCAGGCAGGGCGCAGGACAAAGCACUUGGGACAAAAUUAUUGGGUGAAUGUCACUUUUUUAAAAUUUUUGAAUUUCCAGCCUGGUUCCAUCCCCCCGUACGUCCCGACGCUCACAGGGAACGGAACCCAGAAGACGGAUGCUGGCAUCGGCCGGAGGAGAUGGCUGGGGACACUGCAGGGGGGACAUCGCGGGAGCGCAGGACAAGGUAAGUGCUGCAGGGUAAUCCCUGAGCAACCGCAGGGUAAUCCCGAGUGUAACUUGGGGUUACCGCUUCUGGUA